UUUUUUUUUUUUUUUUUUUUUUUUUUUUUUGUAUGAAAUAUGGAGAAAAGCUGCCAAUCUUCUCUGACGGGAGAUUCCUCCGCCGCUAGUAAUGGCGGCGGUACGGUCUCCUCAGGCAAGGAUCAAUACCUCAAGCACUUAAACAAGCUUUCGCACAAAAUUUCCAAGCCUAGUUUUGUUAAGAAGCCUGCGUUUGAUUCUUCUCAUCAUUCUAAUCCUAAUUUUAGUCAGAAUCAGGGUCUUCUUCAACCUCCACCACCGCCUCCGCCGCCGGAUUCGGCUGUGCAGGCUCAGUCGCAACAGCCACCGCAGCACCAUCAGCCGCCGGUUUAUAAUAUCAAUAAGAACGAUUUCCGAGAUGUGGUUCAGAAGCUUACUGGCUCACCGGCGCACGAGCGAUUCUCGAAUCCGCCGCCUAUUCAUCCACCGAAGCCUCAGAGCUCACGUCUGCAGCGAAUCCGUCCGCCUCCAUUAGCAAACGUCAGUAACCGCCCUCCUCCGAUGCUACAGCCGCAACAACCACCGCCUGGCCUGAACCCUAGAAGUUCCAUUUCAUCAACCAACAAUUUCGGCCCCAUUGGACGGCCCGUUGCGCCGCUUUCGCCUCUCCCUCCACUACCGGCCGUCCACGCGCCAGCGGAAUCACCUGUUUCAGCAUAUAUGAGAUAUCUUCACAACUCAUUUUCAGAUUCUAAUCAGAAACAGUUCUCGGGAUUCUCACCUCUAGCUCCUCUAGUUUCGCCUCGCUGGAACAACUUAACCUCACAGCCACUGCCUCCACCGCCGGCCAUGGCGCAAGGGGGCAUUCCUCCUCCACCACCAUCAUCGGCAGUAAUGAGCUCUGAGGGUCAAUUUCCGAUGCCCUUUUCACCUCUUCCAUUCGGAUGCAUGAAUUCACCAAGAUCAGCAUACCCUUUGCUAUCACCGAGCUUGCUGCUAUCGCCGUCGACGGGUCCGUUUGGAUAUCCACAGCUUCCAUUGUCACCCACAGUGCCAGUGCCGAAUCCAAGAUGGAGAGGUCUGUGAGUUCUUCUUUCUUUCUCAUCAUAUGGUAAGUUUGGAUAUGAAAUUCGUUAAUCUUUGUAGUUAUUGUCACAGCUCUCAGGGUUUGUUCUUUACUUAAUUAGAUUAUUUUGUAUACAUGUUGAGAAUGAGAUGAAUGAAGGGUAAUUGGAUUGGAUUGGAUUGGAUGAUCAGUUUGUGAAAUGGGAAUGAAUUUCACACUACUGAUUCAGAAACUGGAAUUUGUUUGUUUGUUUGUUUGUUUGUUCUGUAAAUCUCGUAGAACAACAUCAUUGUAGGUAGCUGCUGUUGAUUUUGUUUUUGGUUCUUUCUGGGUUACUGCAAGAAUUCAAAUGUCAUAUAGGUUACAUUUCUUCAGAAUUCCUGUUAUAAGAAACAUACUUGUUUGAUCCAA